AUGGCUUCAGACGACCAAGGUAAGCACGCAAGAGAUCUCCACACCGACCUGAUAGGCUCCUUCGGCGAUUAUCCGCCCUGGAGUGAAUCCGACAUCGCCGAAAUGCUCCAACAGGGUGUAGACCCCGACCACAUUGAGACCGAAUGGGCUCAUGUGGUGAGGGUAUACAAUGACUUGAUAGGCGGAGCCGGAUCGGUCCUGUCACGCUUAUCCGAUCUGGGUAUCGAUCGUCCUAACGUGGAUGAACAGACUGUUGCAGGGUGGAUAACGAACGGAUUGUCGGAAGAAAUGAUCCGCCUGGAGUACAUUCGGUCUGUACCUGAGCCGAAUAUCGAUGAUGCAGCAAUGAUAUUGGAACAGUUAAGUUUUCAAACCAGAUCCAACCUGGCUUUACCCUUAUCCAAAGAAGAUAUCUUGGUAAUGUUGACAAAUGGGUACUCAGGCGAGCGAAUCGCUCAAGAGUAUGCGGCUGGUCAGUAUAACACGAAUCUGUUUAGCCUGACAGAAGACUUCGAACAAGAUGAUGGAGACGAGUUAGAGCGCUCGUGGAUCGAACUCCAUUACGGCCUUUUGUACGCUACUACCCAUCUGCCUUCCAUGCCUGUUGUCUUACGGAACAUGCAUCGUUCUCAAGACCAGUACAACACGUACUUUGCACCCGCACCAGAUAUCGAUCCAAGUGUGUUCAGCGCUUGUACUAUAAGAUUGGCUACGACCACGGUAAUGAAGCUGGACAAGAUACUCAAUCAACGCAUCAAGAAAGGCGGUCAUCCGAAGGUUCUGAAUACGAUGUUUACAUCAGAUGACCUGACGGCCUUUCGAGCAAUCCGUUGGAGCAUAAAAGGCGAUGACGUAGACGUGGAGAAUCAUAGCCAAGUUUGGCAAUUUCUCAUGGGUCUGGCGGCAAAACUGCAUCCUCAUUUAGCUGACUCGCAAGAAGAAGCAGCAUCGGUGGCGGUGCAGCCUACCAAGACAGCGAAGAGGAGGAAGUUUGAUCUGAAGAAAUGGACGGACGCCGAACGUCAUGCUCUCUGGCGCUGCAUCAACGCAUGGUGCAAGAAAUACGGCGUAGACAAAUUUGAGGCGAAGAACCUCGAUACCGAUACACUGCAGAACUUCGCAAACAGCAUCAAUGCAAUGCGCGCAGGCCGAGGCGAGGGAUUAGAUCGUACCCCGGAGACAGUCCAAGGUCAGGUGAGAGACGCAAUUCGAAGGGACGUUUCUCUAGCAAAUAGGCCGAUCUUUGACUUGGGGGAGCGUGCGAAGAAAAUGGCCGAGGAUAUCAGAAACAACAGAGUCAUUCCGGACAGUGUUAGAUAUCCAGACGAGGCGAUCGAUAUGUCAGGUAUUCCGUAA